GAAACUACUCUUCUUUCUUUCUUUCUUUCUCUCUUAUUUUUAACGUUACCCCACAACACAAACACAACACAACUCUUCCUAUUCCUAUAUAUCACCCACUGACCCUUUCAAUUUGCUAUCUUAAACCCUACUACUGCAACAUUUUCCUCCCUUCUCCUCCUUACCCCUUGUUCCUUCGAAAUAUGAACCACGACGACAAACUCACCAUGGACCUGGUUCCACCAUCUGAACACCUCUGCUACGUUCGUUGCAACUUCUGCAACACUGUCCUCGCGGUUGGUAUCCCAUGCAAGAGGCUGUUAGACACUGUGACAGUGAAGUGUGGUCACUGCAGCAACCUCUCCUUUCUCAGCACCAGACCCCCAAAUUCUCAAAACCAAAGCAUUGAUCAUACCCUAAGUCUUCAGCAGGGGUUUUACAGUAAUGCCAAAAAGGGCCAAGCAUCAUCUUCAUCUUCAUCACCAACCACAUCGAACGAGUCAGUGUCCCCAAAAGCAGCAUCAUUUGUUGUGAAACCACCUGAGAAAAAGCACCGUCUCCCAUCUGCUUACAACCGUUUCAUGAAAGAGGAGAUACAGCGCAUCAAAGCAGCGAACCCUGAGAUCCCACAUCGAGAAGCCUUCAGCGCUGCAGCGAAAAAUUGGGCUAGGUUCAUUCCAAAUUCACCAAGCAGUUCAGUUUCUGCAAGUAAAGUUAAUGCUGAUUGAGUGUGGCAUGAUGGUUUGGAGAGAAUUGGAGCAAGUUAACUUAGGUGUUAAUUAUAUUAAAUUAUGUGUUGUUUUCUCUAUCUAUAUGACUAUAUCCUUUAAUUUUCCUUGUAUCGAGAUGUACUUUAUGCUGCAUGCAUGUAGAUCUGUAACCUGGUUAACAAAGGCAGAACUUCGGUGCCUAUAAUUUAGUACUAAAUAUUUGUUAAUCUGAAA